AUGGGCUCAUCUCAUCCCGACGCUGACAUCUACCCAGAGGCCACUGGCUCCGCUGCACACAUCGUCGCCGAACACCAGAAAGAUGCCCCGAUAACUCUUUACUCCGGCUGGUUCUGUCCAUUUGUCCAAAGAACAUGGAUAACACUCGAGGAGAAAAAGAUUCCGUACAAGUACGUAGAGAUCAACCCAUACAACAAGGAGCCAAGCUUCCUCAAACUCAAUCCACGAGGGUUGGUUCCGACUCUGGGGGCCCCUACCAAGGACGGCUCGGUAAAGCCCCUCAUAGAGUCUAACAUCAUCUCGGAAUAUCUCGACUGGGCAUACCCGAAGUCAGGACCAAAGCUGUUCCCGGAAGACCCUUUCGAAAAUGCGCAUAUGAAGAUCUGGGUUGACCAUGUCACCACCAGAAUUCUUCCAGCCUACCACAGAUUUCUGCAAUGGACCGAGAAAAGUCCUUACAGCCUCGAAAAGGCAAAGACUGAGUUCUUGGGAUCCUUGAAGACCUGGAUUCAGCAGGCGGAUCCUGAGGGACCCUACUUUCUGGGCAAGGACAUCAGUUAUGCCGAUGUCGCUCUAGCGCCAUGGGCUCUGCGCUUGUGGGUGUUUGACCAUUUCAAAGGGGGAUCCGGUAUUCCUGAGGUCGGCCAGGCCAGUGAGGACCAGUCGGCAUGGGAUCGUUGGCAUAAAUGGGUUGCCGCGAUCCAAUCAAGGAAGUCGGUAACGGAAACUCUUAGCGACCGUGAGCAUUAUCUGCCCAUCUAUCAACGAUAUGCGGAGGAUCGAGCUCAAUCGGAGAUGGCGAAGGCCACACGAGAAGGGAAGGGUGUGCCAUAA